CAUUAGGUGCCGUGCGAAUUUGAAAAUCAGUGCGUACGAGCGAAGACUUCAAACCUCGCGAAGGCGCGUCGCGUUCCAGGUUUUUCGGGAAGACGGUUCUAACAAAGACAAUUUCUUUAUUAACGAGUGCGCGCGCGCCCCCGCCUCACCCCCAGCAGCAGUGCGUGCCCGUUGCGUGUGUUGCGUGUGCGAAAGAUCCUGCUUUCCCGGAACCCCCGGAAGCCCCAGUGACGGACUGAGAAAGAAGAAAAACCGGGCACGGAAAAGCAUUGCAGCGCCGAACCAGCCUAAUAGAAAUCCAAUCAUAUCACCGGUUCCGAGAGGGAAGCAGCAACAGCAGCUAAUUCUGCAACAAGUAAGCAGCAUUCAAACACCCACCUGCGCCCGCCAAGGAACGGAAACAAACAUCGGAAUCGGAUCUACGCCGGUUGAGCAGCGGCAUUAAAGCAUCCAGCCAAAAUCCAGCAUAUCUCCUGCCGUUUGCGUAGUUUGACGUCCAACACAUAUACUCACAAAAAUGGCCUUAAUUAUGAAAUAUAUUGACAGUAUGCACCACUACAUGGACAAAUAUGGAGAUCCCCGGACAAAAGAUUGGCCCCUGAUGUCGUCACCGCUCCCAACCCUAGCGCUAUGUUUAGGAUAUGUGUACUUAGUCAAAGUCCUGGGCCCAAGGCUGAUGGAAAACCGCAAACCCUUCCAGCUCAAAAACACCCUCAUAGUGUACAACUUCGUUCAAGUCGUGUUCAGUGCCUGGCUAUUCUAUGAGAUCGGUGUAUCGGGUUGGCUAACGGGACAUUAUAACUUCCGAUGUCAGCCAGUCGACUAUAGUAACCACCCCAAAACGCUGAGGAUGGUGCACGCCUGCUGGUGGUAUUACUUCUCUAAGUUCACCGAGUUCUUUGACACGUUCUUCUUUGUGAUGCGCAAAAAGAGUAGUCAAGUGUCGACACUGCACGUCAUUCACCACGGAUGUAUGCCAAUGUCGGUGUGGUUCGGCGUUAAGUUCACUCCAGGUGGUCACAGCACAUUCUUCGGCCUUUUGAACACGUUCGUACACAUAGUUAUGUAUACUUACUACUUGUUUACUGCCCUCGGACCACAAUUCCAGAAGUACCUGUGGUGGAAGAAGUACCUUACCGCCCUUCAGAUGGUUCAGUUCGUUCUGAUCAUGGUACACGCUUUCCAACUGUUGUUCAUCGACUGCAACUACCCGAAAGCCUUCGUCUGGUGGAUCGGUAUGCACGCUGUGAUGUUCUUCUUCCUGUUCAACGAAUUCUACCAGUCCACGUACAAAGCUAACAAGCUGCGAAGAGAAGCGGCUGCCGCGAAGCGAGCGGCUGAUCUUCUCCUGCUCCAGCAGCAACAAAACGGCCACACGGCCAACGGCACGGCCCCCACCGUCAACGGCAGCGCCAACGGGACCCUCAGCAAUGGUUCGCUCGUUGGCAACGGCACCGGCAACAAGGCGGCCGAUUACUACGUCCGCGGCGACCUGCCGGCCGAGAUGGAGCUGACGCAACGAUCAACAGCUCAGGCAAGCAGCGGCACGCACGCAUCGGCUCAAUAAUGGCGGAUCACGGGCGGAUUCUGUUGUUAUAAAUGAUUAUUAAUUUAUUGUAAAACUCCCGGAUGCCGGCUCGAAGCGCGCUGGCCGAAGCCGCCGAAACGCAUCCGCAUCCCAUUCCUUUGUGCCCAAGUCUACAGGCGUGCCGGCGUGCACGCUACUACUGACGCUUACCGCGCACUUUUGUCCUCGCGCCCGGCCAAGGCGCCAGGUUUUUUGGUGGCGCACACCAAAAGGGUGCGCGCGUCGGUGUAUGUUUCCGGUGUUUUUGCCUAUUUUUCUUCGUAUUUUUGUUCGUUUUACUCUACCAACCUUCACACGUCUCCUCCCGGAAAGCGGGAUACCACUCUUGUGCACGGUAAACUCUAGUAGCUAGUUAUAGAAACCCGCUGUUCUGCGCCGGCCGGUCUUUUGAUUUCGUGUAUCGCUUUCGAUCGUUAUGCCUUCGGGCAUAGGAGAUUGAAACAGUCGCCGUAAUUUCUAUGACUUCUUGUCAUCUUUUUUUUAACAUGUAAAAAAGGAGCUAAAUCGGUGUUUAUAUAGUGAUGAUAUUUUGAUAUAAAAACAAACAAACAAAAAAAUAAGACGCAAAAUGAACAAUGCAAAGAUGGGUGUGUACAGUGUGCCGGAAUGUAGCUGUUAGAGAAACGAGAGCGUGCAAGUGUCAGCUAGUAACUGAGAGAACUGUAAAACGCAAGCCAGGAUACGAAACAAAAAUAAAAGAGUUGUGUAAGGAGUGCAGGAUUAUGUGAGUGGAGGAGUCGAAAUUAAAAAAUACAAAAUCACUAAAAGGGAAAUAGUUGCCAGGGUCAGAUUAUCAUAAACGAACAAAACCUAGCCGUGUUUGAGUGUCUACGUGUAGCAGCGACUGUACAAAUCAACGCAAAAUCAAUUUGAACCAUUAUGGAAAUAACCGACCCCUGCCAGCAUCUAUCACCAAGUCGAUAGACGGUCGAUGGCCGGAAUUACCUCUUAGCGCUCUUGGUGCUGGUAUUUUUCUGCAAACAAAAAAAUAAAAUAAAAUAAAACUGGGUAGCUUCUAGAGGUAGCCGCCGGAAAGCCAAGUAGCACAAAGGGAAUUACAAAAACAGAAAGCAAAAUCAAACUAGAAACGGCCAAUCAGCUAAUAUGGUAAUACAGUAAAGAACGGUAGAGGCACCAUCCAAGGCUUUAGACACAAUUUUCCCGUGUGCAAGUCUACCGGUUCUUUUCGAAAAACACUGAUCAAACGCCCCCUGAACCUUGACGGGAGCCCCACCCAAGAAUCCACGUUUCCCUGAUCCCCCGCUCUUAUCCCAGCAUCCCAUUGGUGACGAUGGGGUGUGCACCUCGAAGGCAGCGGUACUCCCGUCGAUGCGUGUGUGUGUGUGCGGUGUCCUAUAUUUACAUUUUAAGUGAAAUACCAAUCUAUUUUUUCACUCUAAGUCUAAGGAAAUAUUUUUUUUUUGAAGGAGACUUUCGGCAAUAAAAUGAAGAUAAAAAUAAUACCAACAUAGGUUAUGAUUUCCAGCCCCAGCGCAAUUCCGCGGCCGGCGAAGGAUGUUGAAGAAAGAAACGUAGCGACGUGGUGUCCUGGUAGUGGCCGAAAACGAAGAAAGAAAGAAAGAAAGAAAGAAAGGAGAAUAUUAUACCACAGUUAUUUAUACGCUUGGUCUUUGGAAGAAAGUAUAGUAUAGAAAGGGAUGGUGCUGGAAGUAGAUGAAAACCACAGCGAUGUUCUCAAACCGUUUCAUUUGUGUAUGA